AUGGGUUCACAGACCCAGAAUGGUGUUUCGAAUUUGAGAUCAGAUGCUCAACUUUUAGCUAGACAUUUCCUUCGAUUGGGCGGAAAUGGAUUCGGGUUGUCGGCGUUGCCAGGUAUAAGUUGGGAUGAUGUCGAUAAUCUCAGCUUGGAAUGCUCCGGUUUGAAUACGAUUCCGAUGAUUUCACUCUUCAAAACAAUGAACACCCUCUUCCAAUCCCUUCCCUUUUUCCCUGCUAACCAAGAUUCUCUUGAUCAACUGCUGAAACCCUUCUCUUUACUCGACCAAAUUUACUGUAUUCAUACCCCAUCAACUCGGCUUCAAUACCCUUCGCCGGAAACUGAUAUCUCAUCGGAGUGUGACGACCAGCCGGCUGCUCUCGAAGGCAUAGCAGCAGUCGUCGGAGAAUGUAUUCUGUUUGGGAAAUCUCCGUCGACGGCUGGUAAAAAAACAGGCUCUGCUGUUCCGCAGGAAGUUGUGGAAAAAGAAGUGAAAAAGAACUACAGAGGAGUGAGAAAGAGGCCGUGGGGAAGAUGGUCGGCGGAGAUACGUGAUAGGAUAGGACGGUGCAGACACUGGUUGGGAACGUUUGACACGGCGGAGGAGGCGGCGCGUGCUUAUGACGCUGCGGCUAGACGACUAAGAGGAUCAAAAGCUCGGACCAACUUCGAGAUACCAUCGGUGUUCCCAUUGUCUGGCAGUACCAGCACCACUUCUCCGACGACGUCGACCUCUUCGUCGUGGGCGGGAGCCAAGAAGAGGAAGGCUCGCAGCUGUAGCGGGAAAAACAACAAGUGUCACGUGGUGACUUCAGUUGGUCAGCUGUUCAGUAAUUCUGGUCCGAUGAUGAGGAGGAGGAAUGUUAACAAUAACAACAUAUUAUGA